AUGGCUUCCUCACGGCGCACAUCCGUUAUCUCCCACCAGAGCUGGAUAGACCCUCUGUCUUCGCCUCCUCCAGCCUCGCGGGGGCGCCAGCCCGUUCGCUCUUCCAGGUCUCCGAGAGAGCAGUCUCCCACCAUUGUCAGGGUUCAGCGAAAGGAUUCUGGUUACGAGUCGCAUGCUUCCUCGCCACGCACGUCGGCCACUUACAUUCGGCCUAAGCCUUCACGGCGUGUAUCGGGCAUGUCCAAGUAUGGCACCGCAUCAGCCCAGUCUCUGCGAUCCCGUAUUCGCCCUCAAAUUCGCCGGCCCGCAACCACUCAAACAUCCGUCUCCUACCAACCUCGAACUAUCGAUACCGCUCUCCCAACGGCCUACUACCAGUUUCAGGCCCCUGAACUUGCCGAAGUCACGGAGACAAGCCAGGAGGCCCAGAAUACCUUCUUGCCGCCCCAGACAACCCAUUACUGGACCAGUGAUCGAACUCGUCGACUGGAGUAUGCCGCCAUUGACGCUGCAGGCAAGGGUGUCAAGGGCUGGAUUCGAAAGAACCUGCUGCCGGAUUGCUUUGCCGGCAAGAACAGGCACGUCGCCUUUGACGAUGACACCGGCAGCGUUCGUCGCUACAGGCUAGACCUGGAGGACGAGCCAGAGGAGAAGUGUGUGUCUGCCUGCAACACCUCUUCGUCGCGCAAGAGCCGGUUCUCCAUCCGCAUCCAUCGCAAAAGCAUUGCCGUUUAA